AUGAUGGCAGGGCAGGCUCAGCAGGAGUCCUAUGCGUAUCCAAAGCCCCCGAGGAACCCCCGUCCCGCUGCAGAAUAUUGGUUUAACACUACAUGGUCCAGUGCUGGUGCAGGACAGGACUCCCAGAGAGACGAGGCUUCCAUGACAAAAGCAGUGGUUUUUGGCUCUGCAGCAGUGGCACUAAUGAUCGGGCUGUGGACAAGCCAUCGAUCAGCUGAUCUUUCUAUCACCGCGUGUGGAUACGGGGCUGUAAUUGAGUGGCACAGAGGGAGAGAGUGUCUGUUCCAGUUCAGUCAGCACCCCAGGGCCCUCCAGGAUGGGCUCCCCUCUGACCCCAGAGGCCAUUAUGAAGUGUGCGGGUCAUGGUCAAUUGUCCUGUGA